CACUUGUUCGAUUCAACACAAUCAUGAAGGCCUUUAUCGCACUGUUGAUCGCUUCGCUGGCCGUUGCCGCCCAAGGAUCGUACCUCGAGCCUGCCUGGCCUGUGAGUUCCUGGAACGGUCUCAACAGCUGGAACAACCACGCUUUGACCGCCUACCCGUAUGGCGUGAACCAGUGGUCUUCAGCGGCGUGGCCAGCUGCCUCUUCCCUGUACAACGGUUGGUACGGAGCUGACAAGACCAUCGUCCAAGCUAACGUGGCCAAAAUCAAUCCGUGGGGAGUUCCUGCCGCGGCCUAUGGUUACGGAUACAACAACUAUCUGGGAGCGGUUCCUGCGGCCAAGUACGUCGCUCCACUGGUCGGACAUGGCAUCAACCGGAAGGUUGUUGUUUCGUGACAUGGAUUUUAAAUAUUUAAUAAAGCUAUGAUGUGAUCACCUGGUUGAAAUGAAA